CGUCAUCCUUCCCAACAUGUAAACAAAUGUUAGAACUGUGAUUGUCCCAUUCGUGUCGAGUUGCUCAACUUUUACUCGGACAAUGUCUGCCGGUACAACAGAAAUACUAAAGAGUCUGCAGAAUAAGUUGCAGGAUGUUAGUCGGCUGUCAAAGACACUACAGGACAGUGCUAAGAAACUUGAUAAUGCCAAGAAGGAGAAGGAUUCUAAUACUGUUAAAGACAGUUUGCAGAAGCAGCUACAGCAGUCAACACUAUUGUUUGACCAGAUUCAGGAGAAAAUCCACACUUUACAAGAACAACUUGCUGGUGACCAAGAUGCCUUACCUAGCACAAAGAAAGACCAAUCUAGCUCCAAAACAGAUGAAUCAUCUGAGAAGAAAAGUCCUACCAAGGCAAAACUGACUCCUGAAGAACAGGAAAUUGCAUAUGAGCAUAAGGCUCAAAUGAUGCGGAACCUUGAAGGGCCAAACAGGAAUUUACAAACUGAGCUUAUCCUGCAAGAACGUAUGAAUGAGGUCAAGCAUCUGAACCAUCAGAACCGCAAACUUCAUGAAGAGUGCAAACUCUCACAGAUCAAUGCAAUGAAACUUGUCCAAAAGUUUGAACGGAAAGCUAAAGAAAUGGAUAACAAAAUAAAAGCAAUGGAACAAGAGCUGAUUAAAUCUGGUCAACUUGCCCAAAGGUAUAAGGACAUGUAUAUGCAGGAACGACAGAAGAACAGAGAAAAGCAGCAAGACGACAGGAAGAAUGAGUCUGCUGACAAAGAGAUGGUGGAUGCAAACGAGACGGAAAAGACUACUAUCAUUAUGACUCAGCCUGGUUCAGACAGUUUCAUGGGCAGUUCAGUCAGAGUGAAUGAUGUCAUUCGACGAAAUGAGCAUCUAGUAGAACAAAAUGCUGCACUUCGGAGAGAAAUUGACAGAUUGAAACAUGACAAUGCAGAACUACUGAAGAAAGCAAAGCAUGCAAUGGAAAAUGCACAUGACUUGAUGCAACAUCUAAACACAAGUGAAAUGGCGAAAGCAGAUUUGCUGAAGAAGUUUAACCAUGAACGAGCACAGCACAACCAACUGAAAAAGAGUCUUAAUAAGCAGGCUUCUGAUUGGAUCAGCAGUAAAAGAGAACAGCAGCAAUUGCAAGAAGACAUACGUUUCCGAUUGAUCAGUCCCAUCACACCAUAUGGAGGUUGUCCUAGCAAUACCUACCAAUCCAAUAAGAUGCAGUACGAGAGCAGGGCGUAAAUUAAAUCUGUUUUUAUCUGGAGGUUCUUGCUGCUGUUUUACAGAAAGAAGCCAUUCUUGAAGUCUGGGAUUUUGUUUGUUGGUACCUUAUUUAUUUGUGGUAUAAAACACAGAUGACAGUGACUUGAAUUUAAAACUAAUAGUAUAGAAUAAUUUUGUAAUCUUAUAAUUAUUAAUGUUUAAAAAAAAAAAAAGUUGUGUCUGAAAUGUUUGUGCCAUUUUGAUGUACAUAUGUGUGUAGUUUUAUACUUGUAUGGUGAAAGUAGCUUACAUAUAGUCCAUGAGCUAGACCUGGGAUGUUUAGGUUUGACAACCAAAUCGAGGGACUGAAAGCCACUAUGAUUUUCAAUUAGCUUGAUGUCUGAACUGUACGACAAUAUGUGAUGGCAAUUUCAGAAGCCCAGCUAAAUAUAGGGCCGUAGCUAGCAGGAAAAAAUUAUAGAAACUUAAAAAAAAUUCUCUUCUUGACCGUUUAAUGAGUUUUAGACUAUUAACUACUCAGUUAUAUACUUAUGGAAACUUUACUAUUAAGUUUUUCAUAACAUCAUCUUUAUUGAAAAUUACCAAAACUAGUUGUGCCUCACUUUUGUCACAAGUGAAACCUUGUGCAUGAAUACCAAGCCUUAUUACAGCCAAACAGUUUGCACGCCUGGUGAAAAACCAAAUGUAUUUUUUUUAAUAACUCUAGCUAAAGAAUGUACUUCAUAUUACAAAUAUUUGUUCUUCAAACAUGGAUUGAUGCAAAAACAACAAGCGAACUCUCUUCUUGACAGGGUACACAAGGGAGCGAACUAUAUACUGCUACCUUACAAGUUAGCAUACAUCAGAAAUUAGCCACUUUUUUAAAGGGGUGGUGAAAUCAAAUGCAAGCCUUAUCUGUUGGAAAGAUGCUUACCCGGAUCACCAACACAUACAGUUUAAAAAAUGAAAAACACAUAAUUUUAGUAUUAAUAAAAAUAAAAAAACUUGAUUAUUUCUGCUAACGGUGGGCAGACAUUUUGUUUUUUUCAUCACAUCCGGUACUCUUAACUUGGCAGGAAGUGAUGUCAGCACUUCACUUUGAUCCAGUUAAUAUAAUAAACUAUUGAACUAAAUAUAUUUAAAUUUCCAUUUACAGAAUUAAAUGGGGUUAUAGUAUUUUUCCCUCUGAAAAAAAUCCAAAGAAAAAAUGCAUACUAUGUUAGGUCUAUUAGUACGUUGAAGCCAAAAACGACCACCCACGAUGACCAAGUGAUCAUUUUCCUUUCUUUGGGACUACAUAAUUGGUCUGUUAUAUGUAAUAGACAUCACAUCUUUACCGUUUUAUUAAUUAAAUAUAGUUGAUUUUAAGUAAUAAUGUGCAUUAAAUAUUGUUAAAUGCAUGUAUGCAUACCAGUCCAAAAGCCUUGCUUAAUCAUUCCUUUAAAUGGCUGAUUGAAUAUUGUCCAAUGUUGCAUUCUGAAGAUUCAAAUGUAUAAUUUGUAUGUGUUUUUAUAUAUUUUAAAAUAUUUGAGAAAUAUAAGAUUUUUUAUUAAAA